AUGAUCGAGGAAUUAGGGUUUACGGAGUCUCCGCUUUAUGGUGUGUACAUAAGAAUAGAGUUAGUGGAUUAUGUGUAUCCUCUGUUUGCUACUACGGGAGUUGCGGUUGGGAUUUGCGGAAUGCAGCUUUUAAGGAACAUCUCCACUAACUCCGAAGUCAGGUACUGUCACUAA